GCGGCUCACUCACUUGCUCACACCCAGCGGGGAGCGAAGGCAGAGGCCAGCAGCACUGCCACCUUCCCAUGCAAAUCAGCCCCGGGAGUGCAGCUGGGCCCCUCCCGCUCCUGCCUCCCGGGCAAUGCUCCUGGGGAGGCCCUGGGGAAGAUGCCACCCUGGGCGCUGUGCUCUCUUCCUCGGCCUGGCCCUCGUGCUCGACGUUGUGGGCCUGGUCCUCUUGCUACUGGGCAUCUUCGCCUCCCUCGACUUCUGGGACUUCUUGGUCUAUACGGGGUCCCUGAUCCUGGCUUUCAGCCUGCUCUUCUGGAUCAUCUGGUACUCCCUCAACAUCGAGGUGCCUCUUGAGAAACUGGACUUGUAGUUCGGAGGCGGGCAGAGGAGGAAGGACUCAGGCUUCCUGGCAGGCGGACGGGCAGGGGCAUGCUGCGCUCCCACCCCAAAUGCCCCACCAGGGACCAGAUUCGAAUCUCGGACUGAUCCAUCUCGUCUUCAUUUAUUCAGCCCACGUCCCAUCUGGUGGAGAAGCAGCAGAGCAAGCUGAUGCCCUGUUUCUGCAACACAUCCUGUAACAGAACCCGGGAGGAACCAGAGGCUGUGAGGUGGAAGCUUUCAAAGCAUCCGCUAGGCUGCCCAGGAAUGGCCACGAGCGCCCGGCUUCCGGCAGGUUCCAGGCUCCAUCAAGAGACCAGCACCCCUGCCCCGGGCCACUGACACCACUGCCGGCACCCCAGCCGUUUGUGAGGGUCUGGGGAGACCCUAAUGUUGGCACAGCGGGGCUUUUAUGGCAAUAACCCCGCCGCUGUGGGCUUGCGCACCCAACGGGAAGUCCGUCCAAAGUCCGAAUGGGAUCUCCUGCUCGUCGGCUCUCUGGACAGACUGUGUGAGCCCCUGGAGGGCCCACCUCAUCCACCUCUUGGUGUCGUCCAGUCGGCACGUGGUAGUGUAUUUCAACAUGCCGGUUGCCAAGGCAAAUGCAGAGCUAGUGCUGAGUGCAGGAGGUGCCCCUCCUCGGUGCCGGACACCCGGAACCACCAGUGCCGCCCCCGACUUGCACGACCGGGCCACACGGGGGUGGGGGGUGUUCACAUUGAGCUUUUAGUCAAAUGAAACCCUCCGGGCAUUUUUCUGACAAGUUUCUGACGAGCAUUUUCUAGACUCUGCUGUGCUGUCCUCGCGUCAUUCAUUUCUUGAUCCUAAGAGCAGGCCUCUGUUUUUAUCUUAAUUCAAUUGCAUCUAGUCCAGCGCAGCCCAACCAGAGCACCUAGCGACCUUCACAGGCCCAUCAGACGUGCUCAUGCCUGUCACCUGUGCUCGAGCUGCCCCCCUAAUUUAUAUGUCCCCCAGCUUAAUUCUGUACUUUUUAUUUAUAUCUCACCCUAAACGUGUAUGUGUUUCUUCCAGAAGCUGCCUCAGAUCUUUUGCGGUGUGAGGUAGUUACCUAAAUAAAGAAGCUGACUGGCCUUUUAACACAACAUAA